AGCGUACAUCGCGAUCAGCAGGAUCCCGGUUAUCAGAACAAGGAAGAGGAGGAUCUUCCUCAUCCAUCCGCUCGACAUGUUGCCCACCAUCCUUGCGAAUCUGUAAAACGAUAAGAACAGACGGACUCGUUCCAUCCCGAUACACGGCCCCGGUCGUGGUUGGACACGCGUAAACGUGACUCACCACCGUUGGGAACCGACGCUUUCGUGCAAUUAGGUCUGACGACGACCCUUUCUCCAAGGCGUGUCUUCCUCCACUACGAAAAUAACACGUCGUCCCUGCUCUGAUUAAGAAAAGCCUCGAUCCAAUCUCUCUUUCUAAUGGAGAUUGUUGAAAAUUCGAAGAAGAAGGAGAAGGAAUAUUGUUGAUUGUCAACAAAGUGGAGACAGGCGAUCCUAAGCGAAGGACAUCAACUCGUUGAGAAAAAAGUAACCGGUUAAAAAUUUCGAAUAAAGGAGACGUCUCGAUUGACGAUGACGAUGUUGGUGACGAACGACACUUCGGACGGGCGUAAUGGGACGAAUGCGUGGGACCAGGAGGACGUCGUUUCGUCGGAAUACAACGUGACGACGACGGCGAGCGGAGCGGCCAGCAAGACGAGUCACUUCGAGACCGAUUUGCACGGAAACGUUAACAUCCUUCUCGGCGGGGCGAUGCUCAGCGGGGUGAUUAUGGUUGUCCUCCUCAUGUGUUACUGCUGUCACAAGAGCAUUCGAAAGAAUCGGCCGCAAGAGUAUCCGCAAUACUGGAGGACGGAACCAGACGCGCACAGCCUCGAGGUGUUCACCACGGAAGCGCAUGCCGCCUGCUGCGAGAGGCAACAACAACAACAACAACAAUCGGCGACGACCGAGGGAAACCAGGACGAGAGCGCCUACGACGUUUUAUCCUGCCCCGUAACUCCGAUUUCCGGCCCCGGCCCACCUCCAACUUACGACAGCCUGAUCUUCGAUCCGAAAAGCCUACCCACCUCGAUGGAGAAGAAGGGUGAAGAGACACCCGGGUCCAUCGUUCCCUCGAUGGUGUCCACGUUAUUGGGGCUGAGCACGAGCGUGAGAUCGGGUUUGGAGCGUAACGAGGCCGUCGAACAGCAAGCAUCGGACGAGGGAUUGCCUUCCUACGAGGCCGCUUUAAAGUUGGACGCGAACGGUUACGUGUGACACGCCCCUGAUCCCCGAGAAUUUUUCACAAUUGUGUUCCUUAGCGUUGUGUUCCUUUCCACGGAGAGCGAGAUGAAGAACGAAGGGACGAGGCAAAGAAAGAUGGAAGAAAGAAAGGGGAUUGGAAAUUAGAUAGUGUCUUUCGUCUUUCUUUAGGUUUUUAGAUCUCGAGAUCGGAGAGAAAGUUGGCCGAAUGGAGUCGUAGCUUUGAUUAAUUAACGCGAGCUUAGGAAAAAAUUAUUUCCCUGAUUCCCGUAGUUUUAAAGAGAGAGAGAGAGAGAGAGAGAGAGAGAGAGAGAGAGAGAGAAAGAGAGAGUAUGUGUGUGCGUGUGCGUGUGCGUUUUCGAUGGACAAAGAUUUUCGAUUAAAGAUACGAUCAGCGUGGAUAAUAAAAUACUGGUCCGCUUCUAAUGUUAGAAAACGCUUGGUUCUUGGAAGAGAUUUCCUAUUCUAUCGAUACGAAUCGUAAAGGAAAACGCGAAUGGGCGAACAAAGAAAAAACGAGGGCGAACGAAACGAAGAAAAAUCCGUGGAGCGAUUUAUCUCGUUGUAUAGAUUACUUUCAAAUUUCGCGUAACGUAAUAAUAAUCUGUGUAUAAUCUGAGUAAACUGAAUAAACAUCGGGGGAAUAAUAAUAAUAGUAUAACGCGAGUUAUGUUAGCUCGCUAAUCUUCUUAAAGAUCCGAAGAAUUGAUCCUAAAAAUACACAAAGCUUGAAACGUUAUUUCGAGCGAAUCGAUCGAUGUAAAUUCGUGUAAAUAAAAGGGGAUAGAGUUAUAACAGAAUUAUUAUUUGCUCCGAGAAAAGCUUCUAAUCCGAUUCUAAUCAUUAAAAAAAAAUAUAUGCAAAGUCGGCGUAAGAAAUCGAUCGUCUUAUCCUUCACCCGGCGAAGGCCACUUUAGUGGUCCUCAAUCAUAUCGUUGAUCAGCUUAAAGACCACUUUAGGCGGGCAUGAAUUACGCCUUCGUUUAUGGUUCGUUCGCUGGAGCUGAUCGAGUGUCGCGAAUUCGUCUACGCCGUUACUCGACGCGAUUCGACUUCAACUCCUCCUCGGAACGUGCGCGCGCAACCAACGAAUAUUUCCCAUCGUUGCGACGAAAAAUCGCUAUUGAACGGGGGACAAUUUUUCGACCGGGAUGGCGAUCGAUGAAGAUAUCAAGAGGUAAUUUUUCGUGUACGAGGGAAAAGAAGGGGAAAAAAAAAAAGAAAAAGAAAAAGAAAAAAGAAAAAAGAGCUUUGAUCGAGGUAAAGCGGAAGGUAAUAGAACGAUUUGGUUUUUUAACUCUUCUUAAAGAAAUGGAACGCAUCGAUUUUACUCGGCUCGAAUUCGAAUAAUUUAUCCUCAAGGCUGUUUGCAAAUUAAUUGCAACGAUUUGUUCUCCGAGAGAGAGAGAGAGAGAGAGAGAGAGAGAGAGAGAGAGAGAGAGAGAGAGAGAGCUAAUAAAACGAACUUUUGAUUAAUUAUCGGAUAUCUUAAUGAUAACGAGUGUGUUACAAAACACGUUCGUCUAAUGGAAACAAAAGUGACAAGACAAUUUUAUACAUUAUUUACUUCCUUUCGAGUUUUUCUCGGUUACGUAAGGAAAGGCAAAAAAAAAAAAAAAGGAAGGAAGGGGAGAGAGGAGAGGGGAGAAUUGUUAUUUAGACAAAAUUACAAAUCUGAAAUGACAUUACGCGUAAUAUUAAUUUCAAUAAUGUAAAUGAUAGUGAGUGUGUCACACUUUGCUUAUCGUCGUGCGAAUUAUUUAACGUGUUUCAUUUUCGAAAAGGAGGAACUGAUAAAAGAUAAGCAUCAUUAUCGUUAUCGAAUAGCUAAUUUCAAAAUUAGCAUAAAACUAAUCAAUAUCAUCCUUGUAGUAGAAAUCUACUGAUAAUUUCUAAGUGUAAUUAAAUGAUAAAAAUGUAAAUUUUUUUAUUUAUUUAUUCUUAUCGCGUGUGAUAAUAAUAUAUAUAUAUAUUUUUUUUAUAUCUUGUAGAUAUCGACACUAGAUAAAUGUCUAAUGCUCAUUUUUGUAUUUUCUUUCUUUUCAAUUUCAAUUAUUUUGAAAAAAAAAAACAAAAUACCACAAAGAAAUCAUUGAUGCUCAACAUCAAAAGGAAACGUUUAUUUCAGUUUAUCCUUAGUUUGCUCUUAUCAAUUCCUCUUAUCGUAAACCACGAAUAUUUUUUUUCCAUAUAAAUAAAAACUCUUUCCAUUUAUUACAUCAAUUAAUUCAAUAUAACUAAUUAAUAAUAA